UUCUUACGAUCUGUAAUUGGAGACUCAAACAUCUCUAAUCUUCUUUGUGCUCUCUUUCUCAACAUUAGAGAAUAAUGGCUAACAAGAAACCUCGUUGCAUUCCCCCUGAAGAGCGGAACAUGUGCGUGGGGGUUGUCUGUAUGUUAUUAUUCAUCGUCUUGUUUUGUUGGGGUGUUUAUGUCUCAGAUCCGCGUAACAGCCCACAUAUUACAAUAGCUUCUAUGAAUUUUACUAUAACAGAAAAUUCUACUAGUGCGAAGUGGGAUUUACUUAUAAGAACUCCCCCAAGUCUUCCUGGUGACUACAUCUGUCUCGAAGGAGACCUUCAAGUUUUUUUAAUUUACAAACAUGUCAUCGUUGCUACUUCACCCCCACAAAGGUACCAGAAUCUCCAGCCCCAUUGGCCUCAUUUACUUAGAGUAUCAGUAGUUGCUUCUGAAAACGAUAUCAACGGUGUAGCUGGAAAAAACGUUUUUGAUGAUAUUGUUAAAGAAAGGAGUGAAGUGCGGUUUGCAUCGCGGUUUGUUUUUCCCGAUUGUAGAGAAGACACCACAGGGACAAUGAGCUUUGUAUGUGAUGAAGUUGUCUUGCGGUUCGAUUCGAGCUCAUGGACGAUGGCGACGACUAAGUCUAAGAACCCAACAUGCGUCUAUCAUGCGACCUCUAUAGAUCAUUAUCUCAAAAAGGUUAUGGUUUGAUUUUCGUUAUUGGUUUUCAAUUUGUGUGUGUGUUAAACUAAUUUGAUUAACUAAUAUAAUUUGGUAGCAAA